CUCACUUUGAUUUUAGCUUUAGAUUCUGCGUUAACAAUGCUGUUUAUCGUGCAUUCUUUUGCUUUGAUCUCUUGAUUUUCGAUUUUCAGCUUUGGGUCUGUUGUUCCAUCAUUGUUUCUCUUGCUUAGAUAUUAGAAACUUUUUACUGAAUUACUCCUUUUGGGGGUCUAAGAUUCAAUAGCUUUUAGUUCACUGCUUUGGGGUUUUAGAUCUGAACCCAGAAUUUCGGAUCCUAGUGUUUGGGGUUGUCUUGAAAGAUGCAAACUAGAUCUGGGUCGGUUGUGUCAUUAGAGGAAGGCAAGGAACCUGUGGUUACAACUAGAGCAACUCAAUUCAAGACUCCACCAUUAAGGGUACUUCAAUUGUUCGGAUUGUAUCUUGCUAUCUGUAUUGCCUUUUCCAUCAUUAGUAUAUACACAAUCCAGCAUUUUGGAAUCUAUAGUGUGAUAACGACGGUCAAGUCGAAUUUCGUGACUUGCGAUGAACAACCGGAUAAUAGUUUGGAUCAUUGGAGGAAACCUCCCUCGAAUUUGCUUCAUUCGAUGAGUGAUAAAGAGCUGUUUUGGAGGGCAUCGUUCACGCCUCGAAUAAAAAAGUAUCCAUUCCGUAGAGUUCCCAAGAUUGCCUUUAUGUUCUUGACCAAGGGACCAUUGCCACUUUCACCUAUUUGGGAGAGGUUUUUUAAUGGCCAUGAUGGCCGUUAUUCUGUCUAUAUUCAUUCACUGCCAUCGUUCAAGGCCGAGUUUCCACCAUCUUCGGUGUUUUACGGGAGACAUAUCCCGAGUCAGGUAUCUGAGUGGGGAAAGAUGAGUAUCUGUGAUGCUGAGAGACGGCUCAUUGCCAAUGCCUUGCUCGACAUAUCCAAUGAAUGGUUCAUCCUCCUAUCCGAAUCUUGCAUUCCCUUACACAACUUCAGUGCCAUCUACCAGUACAUAAAGAAAUCCAAAUACAGCUUUGUCGAUUCAUUUGAUGAACCUGGGCCAGUUGCUCGAGGGAGGUACAACGAGAGUAUGGCUCCGGAAGUGGCUCUCACCCAGUGGCGCAAAGGUUCCCAGUGGUUUGAGAUCAACCGAAGGCUGGCAAUCAACAUAGUGGAAGACAUUAAAUAUUACCCAAAGUUCGAACGGUUUUGCCGACCAGAAUGCUAUGUCGACGAGCAUUAUUUCCCGACCAUGUUAACAAUUCAAGCACCUACUCUGUUGGCAAAUAGAAGCAUCACGUGGGUAGACUGGUCGAGGGGUGGUGCUCACCCGGCAACUUUCGGAGGCGCAGACGUUAGUGAAGAGUUCUUCAUAAGAAUCUAUGAAGGCAAUGAAUGCAGGUACAACAAUCAAACAUCUUCUGUUUGUUUCCUUUUCGCCAGAAAAUUUGCACCCAAGGCAUUGGAGCCAUUGUUAGAGAUAUCAUCCAAGGUUUUCGGAUUCUAAUGGCGGUUCGAGUGAUCGGAAUCUCUUAUCUAUUACUAAUACAAAACUAUUCAACCCGGAAAAGAAUGUACAUAAAAUCAUGAUCAACAAAAUCUACUCACGUUAUUCUU